GUUGUUUUUCUUAUCAGACUUUGUUUAUGAUUUAUCAAGUUAUGAAGGGUCAAGAAAGCGUAGGGACCUGUGUUAAUUUUGCAACGGGAUCAAGCAAUCUUUUUUAGCAGGAUGUGAUGUGUAUGGGGUGACAAUGCCUGAACUGCGAAGUGGAGCCAGGAGAUCGAGACGGCUUGAUGAUCUUCAGCCUUGUACACAACCACUUGAUCAAGGAGAGAAUUUGGCAGUGCCGGCCCCUAAUAGAACCAGAAGAAGGGUUGGUGGUGGAAGAGGAAGAGGUGGUAAUGCAGCUGUAGCGAAAGGUCCCUCGGUGGCAAUUCCUGCAAGGCCAACGGCUGCCCGGAGAGGACGCGGAAUCAGAUUGAUAGAUUUAGAUCCUGAACCUUGUGAGGUUCUUCCUGAAGCUGGUGCCCUUGGGGCAGCAGAGCCUGUUUUCAAUCGAGUUGAGGCUGUUGCAAAUAAAGAUAUGGCCAUAGAGGGUGGAAGUCCGGAUAAAGUAAUCGGAGUUGAAGAGGAAGCAGGCACAGCUCCUAUUCCUGACAGGGUAUCCCCUUGUCUUCUUGACCUCGUGCAUUCGUUGUUGUAUGUCAUUUUAGAAUAUUCGGUUACAUCAAUGUGGAGGCUUCACUAUCAGUUACAUUAACGAAAAACCCAAGUC